CAAUUGGGUACAUUUUCCACCACUGGUUGUAUACCUAAUUUACUCAAGUGUUUCCAUUAUUUUGGCAGUUACCUGUAGACGAAGUGGUCGCGAGUGUAAAAGUGCACGCCUCGGCUCCAAAACGGUAACAGGAAGGAAGAAGACCAUGCGAGAUCAGAGAACCCUGGAUGAGAACAGGACAAGUUCAGAGUCUUUUAAUUGUAUCUGAGGAAGGGCUCAGAAUAAUAACUAUUACGGUGUUCCAGCUAUAUUACAGUACAUAUUCCCCACUCCCCUGUAUAACUUGACAGUAUAACACCUCCCACCAUGCCAUUGAUUGUGCUGCCCACCUCCCAGCUGCUGUGGGUGCGUGUGGCUGCCCAGUUGUUCUCCUGCGUGGCCUUCAGUGUGGUGGCCCAUGAGGCCUCUCUCUCCCACGGGUUAGCAGACUGGUGUGUGUUCUGCUGGGCCUUCAGCUUCUCCGCGACCCUGCUGGUACUGCUGGUGGAGCACUUUGGCCUCCAGACCCGAGCCCCUGUCUCCUGGAAAAACUUCCCCAUCACCAUGGCCUGCUACGCCACUCUGCUCUGCUUCUCCGCCUCUAUCAUCUUCCCUGUCUACUUCCUCAAGGGCCAGCAGAACCACGGGGAGGCCCGGGACAGACGCAUCGCCUCCACCGUCUUCUCCUGCCUGGCCACCGUGGCCUACCUGUGGGAGGUGACCCUGACGCGGGCGAUGCCGGGCGAGGUGGCGGGCUACAUGGCCACGGCUCCAGGCCUGCUCAAGGUGUGCCAGACCUUCGUGGCCUGCAUCAUCUUCAUGCUGGUCAGCGACCCGGUGUCGUACGAUCAUCACGCAGCGCUCAAGUGGUGCAUGGCGGUCUACUGUGUCUGUUUCAUCCUGUCGGCGGCCGUGGUGGUGCUGUGUGUCGGGGAGUGUACCGACUUUCUCCCGUUCCCCUUCACACGAUUCCUGUCAGCCUAUGGCCUGCUGGCUGUUGCCAUGUACCUGACUGCCACCAUCAUCUGGCCCGUGUUCCAGUUCGACAAGAGUUACAGCCACAACGAAACCCGGCAGCAGCCAACACUGUUGAUUGUUGCGGUUCUCACCGCUCUCAACUUCCUGCUCUACCUGACCGACCUAGCGUACUCUGCACGCCUGGUGUUUGUCAGUGUGUGAGGGAGGGGAGGGAGAGGGAGGUGGGACAAAAACUACUGUGCACAAUUCGUUCAGUUGUGAAAGUAUUUCUGCAUUGCCUUUAUCUUCAACAAGCACCUCUUCAAAGGGGGUGACACUCUAGACCCAAACUGUUAUAGACCUAUAUCCAUCCUGCCCUGCCUUUCUAAAGUCUUCGAAAGCCAAGUUAAGAAAUAGAUCACUGACCAUUUCGAAUGCCACCAUACCUUCUCCGCUGUGCAAUCCGGUUUCCGAUCUGGUCACGGGUGCACCUCAGCCACGCUCAAGGUACUAAACGAUAUCAUAACCGCCAUCGAUAAAAGACAGUACUGUGCAGCCAUCUUCAUCGACCUGGCC